CCUGCAGGGCGGGGCGGCACGGCCCGCGGCGGCCAUGGCGGCCAGGCGGGUGCCAGCGCUGGUGACCGCAGCCUUCGGGGCACGACCUCCCGCCGCUCGGCCGGCACGGCCCCUCGGGGUCUCAGCAGGGCUCCGCCAGCCCCUCGGGGUCCCCCUCUGCUCCGCUUCGGAGGGAGAGCGCGGAGAUGUCGGGCCCCGCUCGCCAGACAGCCCGGCGGCGGCGGAGAGGUGCCCGGAGACCGGAGCGUUAACGGCGGCGGAGCAACGGAUCGCGGACCUGCACGCAGCCGCCUGCGCGGCCAAGCAGCUGACCUACGUGGACCCGGCCACCGGCUACCUGGUGCUCACGCGACUCGCCCACUUGCAGAGGGGCCGGUGCUGCGGAUCCGCCUGCAGACACUGCCCAUAUGGUCAAGUCAACGUUCAAGAUCCAGCUAAAAAGAAGAAAUUCAAUUCCUGUUUCUAUGUUUGACAACAAUUUCAUCUCUGGUUGCCAUUCCGUUCAACCUUCUUUAAAAACACACACACAUCUCAAUUCAGAAUUGCUCUCUCUCUGAGUGCUUGAGCACUGAUUUAAUCAUAAGUGUAUGUGUGUGUGUGUGUGUGUGUGUGUGUGUGUGUGUAUAUAUAUAUAUAUAUAUAUAUUAAAAGAACAUCAAUAAAAUGAACAAAAGCGAGGGAAUGUUGGUGUGUUCCCAAAGUGGCCGUGGAUUUUCUGCUCGCCUCCCUCCUCAUCGGGCACAUGUGCUGAAGAAGAAAAUAGCGACUGUUCCCUUAAAUGCAGAGGCGCGAUCGGGGGGCCUCCGUGCUCCCCACGGGGCCAGCAGCCCAGCGGAGACAUUCGUCAUCGUAUUUCUAUCUCCAGCUCCCUCUGGGGAGGUGGCUGCAAAGCUGUACCCGCAGCAUCUGAGUGGCCAAGGAGGGCCUCCCGCGACAAGAAGGCUCUCGCCCUCCAUCUGUUCUCUCGGUGGAAAUGCUUAAUCACUCUGCCUGGGGUCAGGCCGCUUACGGGGGUUUCUUGAUUAAAGCGCCUUCCUUCUCUGCCC